UUUGGAGGAGAGGAGAUCGGAGAAAUCCUCUUGACAAUGGCAAGUUUUAUUGACACCAUCAAGGCCAUUCUCACCCGUUUGAUAUUUGCAGCUCACGGUUUAGUGGCCAUUUAUAAAGCUGUCAGUCUGAAGGACGAUCCUUGGUAUUGGUAUUUGGCCAUUACGAUUUUACUUCUUUGCUUUGAAGGAGUGUUCACUUUAACUAUAAAAGAAACACAAGAGUGGAAAUGGUUUUGCCCAUCAGUGUUCCUAUAUCUGGCCUCAGUGUGCCCAUCAAUUUGGCUGAUUGAACUGGACAAGUUAGAUACGAGGUUGGCCAAAAAGAACGCAGCCAUCAGUCUCUCCGGAGCUAUCGACAUCACCACAAUCACGGAACCUCCACUUGAGAGCACGGAGUCACCUUUGAUCAAUGCGUUGAAUGUUAAUUUCAACAGCUCGGAAAAUGCGACUUCGCUAAAUCAGACCAGAGCCAAUUUGGAUGUUCUUAAAAAUGUUGGGAUUCCAUUAGACCUCGAGAACAUACCAAUCCAAGUCGAUAAUGACACUUUGGUGGUGAUCAUCGAGCAAUUUCUGAUGCUAAUUCUCAUCAUCGGUCGUUGGAUGCUCCCAAAAGGUGAUUUAACUCGAGAUCAGUUGUCGCAACUCUUGUUGGUCUACAUUGGAACUGCAGCGGAUAUUAUCGAAUUUUUUGACUCGUUCAAGGAUGAAAAAGUGAACACCAACAAGGUUCUAUGUGUUAUGGUUCUAUCCAUUUGGUCCUGGAGUUUGCUUCAAUUCACGUUUGUUUUAACCGCCACGAAAGGAAGGAAAACCCGGAUCACACAAGAGGAUCAGAAACCCAAAAAGUUGGAACGUGCCAAAGAGAUCUGUUGUUCCAUAGAUGUUUGGGGCAUACUCAUUAACAUUAUCCUCCAAGAUGCUCCUUUCUUUGUGUUUCGAGUGAUGCUCAUUGCUUACUACAGACUGAUCUCGUACAUGAACAUCUUCUUCACUUGUAAAAACACCCUGGUUAUCACACUUCAAUUUUACCGCUUGUUUGUGGUUCAAUUGGAGAAAAAAGAAGCUAUGAAGAAGGAGGAAGAGGCUGCCAAGAAGAAGCUCAUGAAACGGAGGGUGAUGAAACCGGAUCUGCUACCAAAACCAACCCGACCCAAAAGAAGUGGAGGAGGUGGAUCCACUUCGAAAGGAGAAAGAAAAAACAAGUCUCCCAAAGAGCCCAGAUCCACGUCCAAAGAGAAGCGAUCGAGAAUAAAGGAGAGCGGGAGCUCAGGCAUCAAUUUAGCCGGCGGUGGAAACAGCAACUCGAAAUUAUCUUCCGCAGAUUCGAGCCGCCAAAGCCGUGGAACAUCUAGUGGCAGGAACAAAACCUUCUCCACAGAGGACGGCGGUUCCAUGGGCAGCAACUCUCCUGCACCCAAUCGGGUUCGGCCCAAUGAUAGAAGACGGAAAGCCGGGAUGUUAGCCCAGAAAUCGUCGCCUAGCUCUUUACCUUCCGUGACGAAAUCCGGGCGGAAGUCAGCAAGUGGAACGAGUAGUGCUCGACGUGUCAAUGCUCCACUUGAAUCUGGAAAGACCAAAGUGUCGGAUUGCUCCUCACAGGGCUGGAAGUACUCAAAGGUUCCAAAUGGAUCAAGUGGAACACCUUUGAAUAUGAAGACGCGGAGCAAGACGGUCGACUUGGACAACGAUGCAGGAGUGAUGAAUGAUCUUGAAGGGGAGUCCGACGGUCAGAGUGAUCCAAUGGAUGAAGAAGUCGACAUCAUUGAGCUCCAUGUCCCACCAGAGAAUCUGAAUGGCUCAUUUCCAUCAGAUAUUGAGGAAGACGAGGAUAGUGAUGAAGGUGACGAUGCAUUUGAGGAGGAUGUGGAUGAAGAAGAUGGUAUCAAUCGAGAUCUUGAAGAUGUUGUGAGCGAAAGCUCUCCCUUGAGUGAAGUGGACAUGAUAGAAAUUCCCAAUGGUUCCGAUGACGAAGAUUCAGGAUCUGGCAUUCUUAUGAUGGAAUUGCCUCCCUCAAGGUGCGGACAAAGAAGCCCCAAAGAUCAACGCUCUUCAACCAGUUUCUAUACUCGCACCACCCCCUCCAGAAUUAGUCGCUCCAGUGGAUCAAGAUCCCAGACCACAAACCCAAGUGAAAGAAGUCCCAAUCAAGUCCAUCAAACCUCUUCCUUCACCACCCGAGGCUCUUCCAGUGCCAGAUCCCGUUCCAAUGGAACCAUUUCCAACUCGGGAAGAAGUUCCAGGACGGUGUCUCACAUUAGCUCGGCCGAACGGCGAGGCCAGUUUGUGCGAGCACGAGAUGCCGGAUAUUCUUCCACGAGAUCUUCUUCGCAUGAGUCGGGGGAUUUGUAUGGAGUAGAUGACAUUUUAGAGGAGGAGGAGGAGGAGGAUGAAUAUCACGAAGAGGAUGAGCUGUUAUCAGGCUUGACAACAGCAGACAGCCCUUCAAAUACUUCCUUAUCAACAUCCACUGGAAGCUCCCAAACUGGAAGAGAUCGGAGGCGAAGUUUGAUUUCUGGUCGGGCUCGUGGUAGCAGUAAUAGUGAUGUGAGUGAUUCAACUUACUCGUAUGCUUCCUCGAAUUGGCAGUCUUUGGCCUUCACCAAGGCUCAACUUCUCCAAGACGAGCUUCGCGAGCGCAUCUGACAACGCCACGUCGCCAUUAUUUUCGUCUUAGUGCUCUUCUUCGUUAUCACCAUCUUCGUCAUGAUCAUGAUCUAUGGCUUCAUUCAACCCAUGGGUCUGGUGCUCUCGGUCCACAAAUUUACCGUGAACACCACCGAGCUCAAGGCUCAAAACGCCACUCCUAGCAUCCCUAUUCCUACCACACCCAAACCUUUGCCCACACCUAUUCGAGGGAAGCAAUUUGAUGUCUUGGAGAAAUUUGAACUCGCUGAUAUUCCCUUGGGACAUGGGAAAAACUUUCGUCAGUCUGCCAAAACUUCGACGGUUGGAACAACUCUUGAUUGGAAUGUCGUCACGCCUUAUUCAAUUUUUCCAAUUUGGAUUGAAGCUACACCAACUUCGAAGGAAUCGGACGAAUAUAGUGUUUUCCGACGAAUUGACGACGAUGAGUUCCCACCGACAGAUUUGCCUACCUUGAGCCCAACUUUUAGAAUGCCUCAUCCCCAAAAGUCAACGACUCUCAAACCAACAGUUGUUCCAGUCAUCACAUUAAAGCAACUGGUUCAAACUACUACUCACACCACCUCAAAAUCCUCCAUGGUUCCCAAAAUAACCAACUUAAUUUCAAUCGGAACAACCCAACAAGUUCCAACUUUGGUCCGGAAAGAAAGUUCACUGAGCACUGAAGGACACUUUUUGGAUCCUAUUCCAGCAUCUAAUUCAGAGUAUAAUGGACCAUUAUUGCCACAUGAGAUAUUAAGUGCCAGCACGUCGAAUGAAUUGGAUGACCCUGUGGGAACGACACUUGAGACGAAGACUGAUUUGCCUAAGACAACAAUGAGCGACGUGGCCAAUCGAGACAUAGAGCGCAAAUUGGAAGAUGAAUUAUUCUCCUUGCUCGAUAAAAUUGCACAAACGUAUAAAAAGACUAACGAAAGUUGAACCUCUUUUGAUCAUGAUGCUGGCGUCAAAUAACCUUUCAUCCAUCAUAACUGCAAUGAUUUAUUUCAACCCAUAACCACGGUGUUUCUGUUUCCUAGUGCGUGUAAAAGAUUCGAAACAUAGAAAUGUAUUCCUUAAAAGCUAUCGAUGAUGCAAGUCCCUUUAGUAAAAUUGCGUCCACCAAAAACUUGUCUAGCUUAGUCAAAGUUUAUUGCAUUCAAAGUGCCUCUAACUAUGUACAAACAUCUGGCAUAGCCAAGAACUAAUCACAUAUCAUAACUUGCUUUGUAACAUAUGUAGCAUUUUCGUAUGUUAUCAAAUAAAGACAAUGUACCAAUUUU